AUGCACUCUAACAUCUUCAAGGACCGUCCCAAAUCGAAGGAAGUUCUUAAAGCCGUAUUUGAUAAUCGUCAGCUUAGCAAUUAUUUUCUUUCUUUCAUCUUUUACUUUCUGAAGCAUUUAUUACAAGUAACUGGGUUGAGUCCUUUUAAAAACAGCAUUAAAGAGCAUCAAUCUCGUCUCAUUUUUUAUAACCAUAUAGCUCGAUUGUUAUGGUGCCAAUCGAAAGCAGUAUCUAUUGCCUAUACUGAUGAAUUUCCGUCACCCCUUAGUGUACAAUAUAGACUAUGUGUUGGUCAUGAUUUAAAUGAACAACAAACCUUGGCGCGCGGUUGCAAAAGAGAACAUUUUAAGAAUUUAACACUAAUACGUCACAAAAUUACGGAGGAAUUGAGUUAUUAUACAUCAUUUUCGCAUUAUUUAAUUAUCACUACUGAAGAUGAUCUGAAACAUACCAAAGUCUUAAAUCGCUAUUAUCAGCUAUACAAAUGUCUGUGUUCAAAAAGUAAUGGCGAGUCAUCUGAAGACGAGUUAAUUCGACGAGCUAUACCAAUUACACCAAAUGUGGUGGAAAAAGUACUUAAUAACGUCGGUAAACAUCUUAGGCUUCACAGAAAAUAUCAUUUGAAGUACCAGAAUAACUUAGCUUCUAAUAUUGAUACUUCUAAUAUUGAUACUUCUAAUAGUGAUGCUUCUAAUGUUAAUACUUCUAAUAUUGGUGCUUCCAACGUUUCUGCUACUAAUGUCGGCGCUUCUGAGGAGAUUACUGGAAGUUUUGAAAAAAUCAAAAAAAUCUUCAAAAAAGAAUUCCCCAUUACCCCUUUCGAACUGUUUGUUGAUAAUAUGGAAUUCUACUUGAGAUAUGUUGAAAGCCAAUUUCCGAAUAAAGAAGAAAACAAAGAUUACUGGAUUUGGGCAAGUAUUGUACACUUAAUCUAUGCAUUUCGUCAUAUCGCCGAAGUUUCUUAUUUUAACGUAUUAAAUGGCAUACCAAAAUUGGGGCAACUUGAAAAUAGUAGAAAAACAACCAAAAAUUUAAUUAUAGACAAAUUUAAAGACUAUCUUCAUUUAAGUUAUGAAAUUGAUCCUUUAGAAUAUGAAACUUCUAUUAAAAUGUGUAUACAUCAUGUCGUUUCUCGAUAUUUUUAUGAUGCCUUUGAAGGUUUCAUUCAACAGAUUAUGCAAAAGUAUCUGGAUUGUAAUAUUUUUGACGUUUUUCAUAUAGAGAGUCAAUCGCCGCCAUGCUUUAAAGAUGUAAAUCGAGACUAUUUCAAAGAUUUCGAAAUCGUCGAUUUGAUCAAAUUAUUCACGUUUGAUAUUGAACCAGUCUACUUGGUAGAGGAUGAGGUAUCUCAAAUUUUAUUUGAUAUUUAUGAAAGAUGUCAGAGAUGGAUUUUAGAUAGCUACAAUUCCAUUUCUUAUAACUAUUUAAGUCCUCAAGCUAGUGGAUAUUUAUCGCAAAUAUCCUUUGAGAUUCUUACCAAUCCAGAUAAUUUAGACCCAGAAAUGCAAUUAAUUGAUUUUCACAGGCCCGAUCCACCACUCAAAAGAAUAGCAGGAAGCUAUCUCCAUUGCCCUAUGUGCUAUCUUGCGAUUUGGGCUAUAAACAAAGCCCCUUCGAUCAGUAAUGAGCAUAUCUAUGAGUCUGAUAAUAUCUUAAAUUCUGGUUGCAUAGGUUAUUUCUUUGAGAACAGGAACUGGCCUAGAUCAAUUUUAAAUAAUGAUGUGUUAGUUUUUCUCUUUUUAGGGAAGGAGACGUCUGAUUUAUUACUUGAUAAACAACGUGAAGAUGAAAAUAAAAGUAAUCAUUUACAGGUCAACCACAAUAAGUACAAAUUUAUUGAUGUUUUAUUAUAUUUGCUAACUCGUCCGCACACAACUAUUCAGAAAUUUCAAACGCAAUGGGCCAAAAUAAAACGAUUGAUACUUGUUGAACCGACCAAUUCUUGGGAUCCCAAGAGUUUUUAUUAUCAUCAUAUCUUAUUUGAAUUUAAUACAGUAGAUCAAUAUACAGAAGAAAGAUUUGCAAAACCUGGAUUAAAUCCACUGUUUAAUAGGCGUUCAGGAUUACGAACUGGUGACAUCCGAUCUUAUAUGCGGUGCUAUUAUUUUGACAAGUACGAUGCAUUGAUGAAUCAGUGUGAAGGACCUACAUUACAAGUGCAAUAUUCUAGGUAUAGCGACUACACCAAUCAAACACCUACACUCUAUGAAGAAGAUCAGAAUGAUGAUGAAUUGGCCAAAGCUUAG